AUGCCGUCCAUUCUUACCGACGCCGAUAAAGAGACCGUCAAAAGGACGGUCCCCAAGGCUUCGAACAAGAUCCAGGCUGUCGCUGUGGCCAGGCUUUAUGUCGCUCUCCCCAAUCGAGGGCGGUGGACCUACACUGGACUACAGGGUGCGGCCGUGUUGAGCAACGACUUGGUGGGAAACACUUUCUGGCUGAAACUGGUCGACAUCUCUUCCGCCAAUCGAGGUGUCAUCUGGGACCAGGAAAUCUAUGACACCUUCCAAUACAACCAAGACCGCACCUUUUUCCAUUCCUUCGAACUCGAACAAUGUAUCGCCGGUUUGUCCUUUAUCGACGAGAAAGAAGCCAGACAAUUCAAGAAGAAGAUGGACGAAAGAGAAAAGAAUGCUAGCAAGCAGACAAAGGCUCAACCGUUCGCUUCUUCUCUCGGAGGCGGACAGGUGUACGUCCCUGGUGGUUCUCACAAACAUCACAGCCGAGUGGGAAAUUUUCUACGAGGUCACAGGCACAGCUCCAUUCCCACUCAGCCACAGCAGCCUCAGUCAAUUGCUCCUCAGCCUCUCUACAGUCCGGGUGCUCCCAUGCGACCCCAAAAUAGUGCGAGUGGCUCUAUUGAUCUUUCAGAUCCCACGUGGAGACCGAUCUUGAACGAGUUGCUUGAGAUGGGAAUCACCGAGGACCAGAUCGAACAGAAUGCUGAUUUCAUCAAGAACUAUGUCAAGCAAAAGCAGGCCGAGGAGAUGGCAAAUGGUAUUGUUCAGGCCUUACCUUCAGCGACAGAGACAAGAUCAAGCAGAGCUCCGCCGCCGCCGCCACCACCUGCAGCACCACCAUCAAGGAUAAGCCCUGACAAUACGGGUACCACGACUUCCAGCCGAAGAGGUCCUCCACCAGCACCACCGCCAUCACGCAGACCAGUUGGUGGAAGAGCCCCUUCGCCCCCUCGCUCCCCUUCUCCGCCUCCGAGAACUCCAUCUCCCGCUCCAAGCCCACAGCCGAGAUUCCGUGCUCCUCCACCCCUCGCCGAUGCCGGUAAAUUUGCAGGCAAGGCUGCCCCGCCAAACUUGUCAUCCGGUAGAGAUCGAGCGUCAUCCGCUUCACUUGCGAAUCCUGGCCCACCACCUCCACCUCGGCCACCAAAAUCGCCUGUCGAUGAUGAACCAUCAUCAGGAAUGUUCAGGGUUCCUCCGCCGUUUUCUGGAGAGCGCAAAUCAUCGGCACCACCAUUACCUCCCAGUCGUGGCCCUGUGCCACCACCACCACCCAGUCGGGAUACAGGAUAUGGAGCUGUACCACCACCGUUGCCGCCAAAGGCCUCGGGACCACCGGGCCAUGCCAUUGCGCCUGCCUUCAUCCCGCCGCCACCACCUCCACCACCUGGUCGUAACAAUGCUCCACCAUUACCACCGCCCAAUACCAGGGCAGUCCCACCACCACCGACGGGCGCUGGACCACCGCCCCCUCCGCCCCCUCCGCCGAUGCCAUCAUCCGCCGGACCUCCACUCCCACCGCCACCACCACCAAUGCCAGCAUCUGGAGGGCCCCCUCCGCCACCACCUCCACCACCUGGCGGAGCAGGCCCACCGCCGCCUCGUCUCCCUUCGGGCGGCGGAGACCCACACGACAGUCUGCUCGCAGCCAUCCGUGGCACAGGCGGCAAAAGCGGUGGUGGCCUGCGCAAAGUCAAAGACAGUGAGAAACGAGACCGUUCUGCAGCACAGGUCCCUGGAAGUGAAAACGUGGCAUCUGCUCCAUCGGGCGGUGCUCCUGGCUCUCCGGCCGGUGGUGCCGAUCAAGGUGGUCUUGCGGGUGCGCUUGCGGCAGCAUUGAGCCAGAGGAAGAAGAAAGUUAGCGGAAGUGAUGAUGAGAAAGAUGACGAUGAUGAUUGGUGA